AUGUCUGCGAUACGCAGGAAAUUUGGCGAGGACUACGAGGUAGUGAACACCAAACGGGACAUGACUGUCUCUGCACCCGUGAAGAGAAAGCGCCAGCGGUUUGUGGAGAAGAACGGCCGCUGUAACGUCCAGCAUGGUAACCUUGGCGGGGAGACAAGUCGAUAUAUCUCCGAUCUUUUCACCACGCUAGUCGACCUGAAAUGGCGGUGGAACCUACUCAUAUUUAUAUUAACCUACACGGUAGCCUGGCUGGUUAUGGCAUCUAUGUGGUGGAUAAUAGCCUACAUCCGUGGUGACAUCAAACCACAAGGCCACGACUCGUCAUACACCCCGUGCGUCGCGAACGUCUACAACUUUCCGUCCGCUUUCUUGUUCUUCAUUGAAACAGAGGCUACUAUCGGCUAUGGUUACCGCUACAUCACAGAAAAGUGUCCGGAAGGCAUUAUUCUUUUUCUCUUCCAGUCUCUCCUGGGUUCUAUAGUGGACGCAUUUCUUAUCGGCUGCAUGUUUAUCAAGAUGUCCCAGCCAAAGAAGCGCGCGGAGACUCUCAUGUUUAGCCAGGAUGCGGUUAUCUCGCAACGGGACGGGAAGUUGUGUCUCAUGUUCCGAGUGGGGAACCUGCGGAACAGCCAUAUGGUAUCGGCCCAGAUCAGGUGCAAACUUAUCAAGUCUCGUCAGACUCCGGAGGGGGAGUUUCUACCCCUGGACCAGUGUGAGCUAGACGUAGGAUUUGGGACGGGGGCCGACCAGCUCUUCCUGGUGUCCCCUCUGACUAUCUGCCACGAGAUCAAUCCCAAGAGUCCCUUCUUUGACCUGUCCCAGCGCUCGCUCAUGAACGAGGAGUUUGAGAUCGUGGUCAUCCUGGAGGGCAUUGUGGAAACCACUGGUAUGACGUGUCAGGCACGGACCUCCUACACAGAGGACGAGGUGUUGUGGGGCCACCGCUUCCUGCCCGUCAUGUCCCUGGAGGAGGGCUUCUUCCGGGUUGACUACUCCCAGUUCCACAACACCUUCGAGGUCAACACUCCCCGUUACAGCAUCAAGGAGCACGAGGAGAAGAUCUCCCUGACUUCCCCCAACCCUCCACCAGGCGUCCCCACCUCCCCUCCCCUGGGGAAUGGGGGCCAGAGCCGGAGCCGCAGGGAGAGGAUGCUGUCAGUGGACUUUGCCGACCAUGGAGAGGCUACCCAGGAACAAGCGAUGGGGAGGCUGCCCAGCAAGUUACAGCAUAUGAGCUCUUACAAGGAGGACCUCCGAACGAGGGUGAAGACUGGAGGAGCCCAGCCUGGGGACAAGGCCUCUAGCAGGGGUGACCAGGGGAGUCUGCCCCUGGGGGUCCAGCAUCUGGUCUCCAGCUCCAUCCCCGGGGGCUUUGGCCAAGGGAAGGUGGAGGAGAAGCUCCAGCUUAAGGCACUAGAUGGGGGUCCAGGUAUUGGAGACACUCUGACUCAUUCAGUUGGGGAGCAGGAGAAGUGGAGGCUUCCCCCUGCCCUGAGCCUCAUCCCGGCCCCAAAUCCGACCCCUGUCCAAAUCCCUUUGCCUGUGGGUGGGGGGUGGCCGGAGGAUAACCUGCCUGACAAACUGCGCCGAAUGAACGCUGAUCGCUGAUAUUGACCGUGGACCAUUGACCGUGAAAUGACUAUUAAUCACCGGAAACAAACAGAUUCCCAAAAACUCUAAAUAGAUAUAGAAAGCAAUGCUUAAUGGGUAACGCGGUUUUCAACAGGAAAUUAGACUACUGUGAUGACUUUUGCCCGUUUAUGGCUAUUUUAACUGGUUGAAUAAAUGUUGAUUCAAUGUAAUUUGACAACAUAUUGUGACGUGGAAUCUUCGUGGAAAAUACAGUGGAUUUGAAAAAGUUAUCAACGGGAAAUUUCUACCACAGGAUUAUGUCAUCAUGCUAACCACAUUUCCACAUAGACAAACCUUGUAUAAAAUACGUUGAAUUUGUACCUUUAAAACAACGUCAGAUCUUUAACGUUAUAUCCACUAUCAAAAAAUAUAUAUAUAUGCUAGGUAGCACUUCCUACUGGAGAAUUGAUCAAUCUACAGCUACCUUUUGGUCUCCCAUCUAGAGUUUUAACUAUGCGCAGCUCUACCUAGCUAAGAUAUUUGUCACUGACUAUUACCAAUGUGCUAUUGUGAUUGAGAAUGAUUGUUGAGAGAUCUCCACUUGAAAACUAAAUAGAUUCACUGCUGCUAUCAAAGUCAAUCCAAAGGGUAGGUUUAACAGAACAAAUUAAAUGCGACCAUAAUAUAUCACUCAUAUAUCAUCAAUUAUGGUAUUUAUUUAGGCUAUAUAGCAUUUGCAACAGCUAUUGUUUCAAUUCAACCAAGAUUUCAACUAAAAUUAGACAUUGCAAUAGCCCUAGGUUUUCAAGCUCUGGUUGAUUUCAAAUGUAAUGCUAUUUAGUAACGUUGAAUUGAGUUUGGUUGUCAAAGCAUCCAAAUAUCCACAUUUGAAGGAGAUGUAACUUUUAAAGAAUAGGACUGAAUCAAAUCAAACUUCAAAUGAACUUUAAAUCAAGUUUGAUUUGGUUUAGUCCUAUUUAGGGCUGUGGUGGUCAUGAACUGUUGUCAGCUAGUGACUGUCAAGCAAAUAACUGCUGGUUUCACGGUAAUUGACCAUUAAUUAACAUAAACACAUUUAGCAUCUAUGAUGCAGACCUUUGGAACAUCUAAACUCAGCAAGAAAAGAAAUGUCCUCUCACUGUCAAAUGCAUUUCUUUUAACAUGUGUAAAUAUUUGUACGAACAUAACAAGAUUCAACAACUUCCAUUUAAGUGAAAGUAUUUUGCACUCAGCCUGUGACCCUUUUGGUCACUUUCUUUGUCUUGUUAUCAACUGUAACAACAUUAUUAUUAUUAUUACCAACAUUUAUGUGUACAAUUCCAAACUUGAAAAUGAUCAACAACUGAGACAUAAACUGAACAAGUACCACAGACAUGUGACUAACAGAAAUGGAAUAAUGUGUCCCUGAACAGAGGUAAAAGUAACAGUCAAUAUCUGGUGUGGCCACUAGCUGCAUUAAGUACUGCAGUGCAUCUCCUCCUCAUGGAGAGAGAGAUGUUAACCCACUCUUCCACCAAGGCACCUGCAAGUUCCCGGACAUGUCUUGGGGGAAUGGCCCUAGCCCUCACCCUCCGAUCCAACAGGUUCCAGACGUGCUCAAUGGGAUUGAGAUCCGGGCUCUUCGCUGGCCAUGGCAGAACACUGACAUUCCUGUCUUGCAGGAAAUCACGCACAGAACGAGCAGUAUGGCUGGUGGCAUUGUCAUGCAGGAGGGUCACGUCAGGAUGAGCCUGCAGGAAGGGUACCACAUGAGGGAGAGGAUGUCUUCCCUGUAACGCACAGCAUUGAGAUUGCCUGCAAUGACAAUAAGCUCAGUCCGAUGAUGCUGUGACACACCGCCCCAGACCAUGACAGACCCUCAACGUCCAAAUCGAUCACACUCCAGAGUACAGGCCUCGGUGUAACGCUCAUUCCUUCGACGAUAAACGCGAAUCCGACCAUCACCCCUGUUGAGACAAAACCGCGACUCGUCAGUGAAGAGCACUCUUUGCCAGUCCAGUCUGGUCCAGCGACGGUGGGUUUGUGCCCAUAGGCAACGUUGUUGCCGGUGACGUCUGGUGAGGACCUUCCUUACAACAGGCCUACAAGCCUUCAGUCCAGCCUCUCUCAGCCUAUUGCGGACAGUCUGAGCACUGAUGGAGAGAUUGUGCAUUCCUAGUGUAAUUCGGGCAGUUGUUGUUGCCAUCCUGUACCUGUCCCGCAGGUGUGAUGUUCGGAUGUACUGAUCCUGUGCAGGUGUUGUUACACGUGGUAUGCCAAUGCGAGGAUGAUCAUCUAUCCGUCCCGUCUCCCUGUAGCUCUGUCUUAGGUGUCUCACGGUAUGAACAUUACAAUUUAUUUCCCUGGCCACAUCUGCAGUCCUCAUGCCUAAGGCACGUUCACGCAGAUAAGCAGGGACCCUGGGCAUCUUUCUUUUGGUGUUUUUCAGAGUCAGUAGAAAGGCUUCUUUAACUGUGACCUUAAUUGCCUACUGUCUGAAAGCUGUUUGUGUCUUAACGACCUUUCCACAGGUGCAUGUUCAUUAAUUGUUUAUGGUUCAUUGAACAAGCAUGGGAAACAGUGUUUAAACCCUUUACAAUGAAGA